AUGACUUUAGCUAAUUUCGUUGAUCAAGAACAAGCCGCUUUCGAACAUGAAGCUUCGGAGAGAAACAAAGUUGCCGGAAAAGUUUUCCUUAAUUUGACAGAAGAAAAACUUAUAGCUCUUCCGUAUAACCUUAUGGGUGGGCCAGCUGGCGCAAUAGCACUUUUAAUUAAGAUACUCUAUAACGAAGAACAAAAUAUGUGGAACCGAGAUUAUAAUGAAUGGCCAGACCUCAAAAAUUUCUCGGCCCACUUCUAUGAUAUUGGCAAAGAACAAAUACACUUUACAUAUAAAAGAGAAAUAGAUUCUCUAAGAACUUUGUUCCCAAAAGACCACCCAGCACAAUUAAAGCUCACAAUAAUGGAAGAUCAACUGAAGCUUGAAGACUGA